UACAAUCGUUAUUCGCGUUUGAUGCCCGUUACUGAUCUGCUCCCUGACUCUGAUUGCCCUCUCGUCUCCUGUUGUCGCUUCCUUUUGAAUCCUCGUCUUGUCCUUCAAUAUCGCUGAGUUGCUCGAUCGUAUCUGGGCCGAUCGCGUAACUCAUUUCUUGCUGAUUCGGCGUUGCGUAAUUCUUUCGGGCUUUCGCGGUCGCGUUCCCUAUUGUUCUUCGCGUCUUUAUUCUUAAUACUAUUUGUUAUUUUAAUUGGGGCCGCAACAAAAGUAAUUUUAAUCUGGAGAUAAGUAAUCUUGAAAGUGGAGAAAAAAUGUGGUAUAAAAAAUUUACAGUUAAUUUGGGGACCAGAUGUUAUUACAAGAUUAUUUGCGAACUCAUGGAAAGAUUAUAAAUGAUAUUAAUAUUGACGGUUUGCCGCUUUUCAAAAGUUCUAAACUUAAGUUUUGGCCAAUUUUAGGACAUCUUGUUGGGACUUUGAAUGAACCCUUUAUUAUUGUUGUAUAUUGUGGGAAAAGUGAUCCUCAGAAUAUUGAGGAAUAUCUAGAAAAGUAUGUUAGUGAAUUAGAAGAUUUAUUUCAUAAUGGCUAUGAGUAUGAGGGUAACAGUUAUGAAGUUGUAAUUAGAAAUUAUGUUCUAGAUGCUCCUGCAAGGGCAUUUAUUAAAUGUUGUAAAGGACACUCAGGUUAUGCAGUUUGUGAGAAAUGCACUGUCAUUGGAGAAUACCAUAAUCACAGGAUUACUUUCGUGGAUCUUAAUCAACCCCUCCGUACAGAUGAGUCUUUCAGAAAUCGCGAGCAACCUCAACACCAUGAAGGAAUCUCACCACUUGAAAGGGUGAACUGGGCUUGUGUCACAAUUCCGUCUUGAUGCAAUGCAUCUUUUAUAUAUUGUUUGUUGUGCUAAAAUUUCUGCCCACAAAUGAAGAUCCAGAUAUAUACAUUGAGGUUGGUUUAAGAAAGUGGAUCUGCACAGACCUUGACAAUGAAAUGUGUGGAGAAACAUAUUGGCCCCCUAAUCCAAAAUCUGUCACACAACUGGUGAAAACUGAACAAUCUUUUAAAACUGAUUGGCCAAAACACGAAGUGAAAAUUAAAAGAUUUGAUAAUACUUAUCCACAAGCCCGCGAAGCUGUUUCUGGAUUCCUCGCUGAUUCAAAUUAUGAAACAGAGAUAGAGCAAAAUAUGGGCCGAGGGAGAAGAAAGAAAAAGGCUCGGCAAAUUGGGUCAGACAGUGAUACUGAUUUUAGUGGCCUUUCAAAAAUAACGACAAAAAUUAUUCCUGCUCCUCCUGUUGUGCCUUUCAAAAAAGUUUCUUCUGAUACUCAAAAUUGGGAUACUGAUUUGGAUGCCAGCAUCUCGUCAAAAUUGUUAAAGAGUUCCUCUAUUAUUAAGUUUAAUAACAAAAAGCCUAAAGGAGAAUAAAUGACUGUUCAAAGAAAAGAGGCAUCUUCUAAGCAUUCCGCGACGGAAUUGAAGAAAGUAGUUCAAACAGCAAAAACAAUUGCAGCCUCUAAAAUGAAAAAGCCGGAAUCAUUGGCUUCAUUCAGCAAGACAAAAAGUCCCUUAAAAUCCUCAACCUCUUGCAAUUCAUUACUUACAAAUAGCCCUGUUAACUGUGACGAAAGUGCUGUUCAGGAAGGGAUGACUCAUUCUUCGAACGUACAAUCAUUGACGCAAGUACCUGACCGUGUAUUCAGUAAGGAUGAUUCAACUUUAACGAAGGAUCUUACAUCAACUGAUCAUCAACCAACAUCAACUUUUAACACUGAUUCUGUGGACACUGCGCAAUGCAGCAGCAAUUCUUCUAAUUGUAAUGAUAAACCAAAAUUAUCUAAUUCAAGCGCUUCCCAUCGACGUACAUUGUUUAAAGAACAGUUGCAUGAUAAGAAUACAGAGAAGACAUUAAACACCGAAAUGACAGUUAAAAGGACACUGGUUACAGUAGAAAAAAUUUCUGGAAAGUUAGACAUUCUCAAUAUGAACGUGAGCAAGCUUAUGAGAGCUAUAAUACCCUCAGAAAAGAGAAUUUCGCGUCCUGAGAGAAUGCCAGCAUUACCUUUGCACACAAAACAACAUUUAAAAGAAUUUGAGACUUUUAUACAGGCGGAUCAUAAUUUGGCUGCUGCUUGUCACUACAUGUCUAAUCAAGCUAAGCGCGAAGAAUCCCGAAAGAAAAAGUGCAACAAACAUGCUAACAAAAUUACUCUCUAACACACUGGCAGGUGAAAUGAAUUGUGACGAAGGUAACGGGAAAAUAGCUUUCAAAACUCUCAUUACUCUCAAACUAUACAAUUUGUUUCAAGGAGCUUUUCAAAUAGCAUUUCCGGAUAGUGAUCUCACUGAAGCAGAUGCAGCCUUGACUGAGUGGUUAAAAGAUGCAAAAUGGCGUAAGCAGCGUGACGGCAGCUUGGGAAAUAGAAAUAAGGACUCGCAGAAGAACAAGUAGUUUCUUUCAUGAAUAAUAAAUUAAAAGAGCUUUAAGUUUAGUUAUUAUGAGUAAUAUAAACUCCUCUCGAGAAACUAUUUUGUAGAGAUUGAACAGUAUGGGAUUAUAUGUACUUAAUUAUUACUUACCAAAUAAUAGGACUUUUGAUGAGAAUUGACAGAUAAUACUUUGACAGAUUAUUUUGUUUUACAAAUUUAAAGAAAGUCAUUUAUGAUUAUUAUGUUAUUUUGGUGUUUAGAAAAAAUACUGCUAGCUGUAUUGGGUCAUAUUUUUUUUUUUAAUUUCACGUUUAUAUAUAGUCUGAGUUAGGUAUAUACUCCAUCCAGCAAGAGAACAUCCACGGGUUACACAUAGAUGGGCAAAGUGAAAACGUAGCGCGCUAUUAAGUACCACGAUACGUAAGUAUACGGCACGCUCGGUGUGGAUCAAGGAGAGCUUUUUAUGCGCGGAAAUCUGUUCAAAACGGACGAGUUUUUGUCUAAUCCGUGGAUUUUCUCUCGAUGAACGGAGUACAGGUCUGAAUUCUGAGAUUCUUUUAUUUCCUCACAAAUUAAGUAACUGCUCCGAUAAAACACUUUCAUAAAGAAAUGUGAUAAAAACGUUGUUACUCUGACUGAGUGUUGUUCUUUUAGUAUAUAUAUUUUUUAAAAGUAUUUUUAUAAUUAAAAUAUAUUUGUUCGGCUGUGUAUGUGUAGUCUUUUAGUUUAAAAACCGUACAAAGAGCUUUGCAAUAAUUGUUGUAUAACAUGCGUAUACCUAAGCAAAUUUUUUAAGAGAAUAUUUUUUGUUAUACGAAAUAAUGACCCUGAUUUUCAUCCAUU